UGUAAAUCUCAGAAACCGACCCAUAAUCCCAAAUCCCAAUCAUCACUUUCCGUGUCACUCUCUUCCUCUCCCACGUUUUAUCUUCCUUUAUGGGUUUUAACUUCUCUUCUUCUUCUUCCUCCAUUUUCUCAUUUCAAACCUCUCUCUCAAGUUUUUUCGGUUUAUCUAAUCAUCGACGAUGAGGCUUUACGUCUACGUCUUACAAGCGAAGGAUUUACCGGUUAAAGAGACGUUCGUGAAGCUUCACGUUGGGAAACACAAGUCGAAGACGAGAGUUUCGAGAGAUACUUCGAAUCCGAUCUGGAAUGAAGAAUUCGUUUUCAGAGUUAGUAGCGUUGAGGAAGGUAAUGCUGUUGUUGUAUCGGUUCUCCAUCAUGACCAGGAUCUUCACUCAGUGCAGUCGAAUGUCUCCACGGUGUUAAUUGGUAAAGUUCGUAUUCCGCUUUGUUCCGUCGCCGGUGAAGAGAAUCAGACUCUGUUGCCGACGUGGUUCGUUAUCGAAAAGCCCAGUGAUGGCAAGUUCGUGAACAUCGAAUGUGGUGUUGGAAUCUGUAUUUGUGUUUGUACAUGCAUGUCUUGGUUUAUCGCUGGAUUUAAACUUUACCUUCGUAUUGCAGGAAAAAUCCUUCUGAGUCUGUCUUUGCAAGGGAAGAGGGAAAGUAUCUCUGGGGAGAAAGCCCUCCAUGAUAAGCAGGAUAUCAACUUGGAGGGCGUAAAAGAACUCGAAGGGUCGCCUAAACGGCGUAAACACCAUGAUGGGAAGCACAUAAUGAAGAAUUUUGUCAACCACAUUGACAAGCUUUUUCAUAAGAAAGAGGAAAUCUCUAAAAGACUCAACGACGAGCCAGCAGGAGAAAGUGUAACCUCAAAUUAUGAGGAUGCCACAGACAAACCAUCUUCCUCUGCUUCUUGUACUAGCUUUGAGGAAGGCCUUAAUCUGAUGCAAUCUAGCGACAGUGGAAAAGAAGAAAUGCCUGAGAAUCUUCUAGGGGGAAUUCUUCUUGAUCAGAAAUAUUUAGUCUCACCUUCUGAUCUUAACAAAUUUCUUUUCUCGCCAAAUUCGCAAUUUAGGAAAGAGUUGGCUGAACUUCAAGGUUUAACAGAUGUACAGGAAGGGCCUUGGACAAUGAUACAGGAAGAUAAUCCUCGUCUAACACGGGUUGUCACAUACAUUAGACCCGCAACAAAGAUGGUUAAAGCAGGAAAAGCUACAGAGAAUCAACUUUACCGGAAAGCGAGUGGGAACCAGUUUGUUAUUUUUGUUAGUGUAAGCACACCAGAUGUUCCCUAUGGACACACCUUUAAAGUAGAGUUGCUUUACAAGAUACUACUUGGAACAGAGCCAAAUGCUGGUGGUGAAUCUUCUCGACUGAUUAUAUCGUGGGGAAUUCAAUUCAGUCAAAGUACUAUAAUGAAAGGUAUGAUUGAAGGAGGUGCUAGGCAAGGGCUUAAAGAGAGCUUUGAGAAAUUUGCUGAUCUCCUUGCUAAGAGCUACAAAACUCUUGAUCCGGCUGUUGUAUUGGACAAGGAUCAGGUUAUAGCCACAGUGCAGUCAGAGCAAAAGACUGAUUUGAAAUCAGCUUUUCUCUACUUCUGGAGUUCCUCUGUCGUCUGCGCUGUUCUUUUGUGUGUGUAUGUUGUGGUGCAUAUAAUUCACUGUGAGCCCAGCAAAAUCCAAGGACUUGAGUUCUAUGGGUUUGAUUUACCUGAUAGUUUUGGAGAGCUAUUCUCUAGUGGAAUACUAGUUCUUCUUCUGGAGCGUGUUUAUAUGAUGACAGUACACUUUAUACAAGCUAGAUUGCAUCGAGGAAGAGAUCAAGGAGUCAAGGCCAAUGGUAAGGGAUGGAUUCUGACAAUAGCUCUAAUUAAGGGCACAAAUUUGGCUUCAGUGGAAGAAACAGAGCUCUUUGAUCCUUAUGUUGUUUUCACUUGCAAUGGGAAAACAAGAACAAGCUCUGUCAAACUUCAAGCUCAAGAUCCACAGUGGAAUGAGGUAAUCGAGUUUGAUGCAAUGGAGGAACCACCGUCGGUAUUAGAUGUGGAAGUAUUUGAUUUUGAUGGACCAUUUGACCAGGGUGACUCUCUUGGACAUGCGGAGAUCAAUUUCUUGAAACAUACAGCUGAUGAACUUGCGGACUUAUGUGUUCCUCUAGUUGGUCACCACGCUCAAGCGUCUCAGUCAAAGUUACAGUUGAGAAUUUUUCUGGAAAACAAGAACGGGGUUGAAACAAUGAAAGAUUACUUGAGUAAAGUGGAAAAGGAAGUCGGAAAGAAGUUGAACAUUCGGUCACCACAAAAGAACUCCGCUUUUCAGAAACUGUUUGGUUUGCCACAUGAAGAGUUUCUUCUCAAAGAAUAUACAUGCUACUUGAAGAGAAAACUUCCUGUGCAGGGCAAGCUCUUUCUGUCAGCUAGAAUUGUGGCGUUCUACUCAAAUUUGUUUGGACACAAGACAAAGUUUUAUUUCCUUUGGGAAGACAUUGAUGACAUCCAACUGCUUCCCCCAACACUUGCUUCUUUAGGUAGCCCUUUGCUGCUCCUUACUCUAAAAAAGAACAGAGGUCUUGAUGCGAAGCAUGGAGCUAAAUCUCAGGACGAGGAAGGAAGACUUUGGUUCCAUUUCCAGUCAUUUGUGUCAUUUGAUGCGACUAGCAGGACAAUAAUGGCUUUGUGGAAAACGAGGACGUUAAGUAUAGAUCAUAGAGCACAUAUAGCAGAAGAAGAACUAGAUGUAUCAGAUCCUUUUCUCUUACCUGAAGAUGUUGCAGCUGUUGCGGAUUCUGAUGCAUUAAAGAUGUCGAAAGUCUACUCGUGUGAUCUACCUGGCGAUGUGGAACUGGUGAUGAAGAUUUUUGAUGGAGGAGAAAUGGAGCGUAAGAUCAUGGAGAAAUCUGGAUGUCUCAGUUACGCGAGUACAACAUGGGAAUCUAAAAAAUCAGGGAUCAACGAAAGACGCCUUUCUUACAAAUACAAUCACUAUGUCUCUGUGUUUGGAGGUGGAGUCACUUGCUCACAGCAGAAAUCUCCAGCUCCUAAUGAUGAAGGUUGGAUCUUGAAUGAGAUUGUAGCUCUUCACGAUGUUCCAUUCGGAGACCAUUUUCGCGUUCAUCUAAGGUAUGAGGUGAAGAAAGCAGGAGUUGAUUGUAAAACAAGUAAGUGUGAUGUUUACUUGAAGAUCAGGUGGCUCAAGCCAAUUAAGUUUGAGCAGAGAAUAAGCAAAAGUAUAAUGGAGAAAUUCAGGAAUCGAUUGAAGGUUAUUUUUGAUUUGUUCCAGAAAGAGUGUUGCAAAUUCAUCUUUGACACUUCUUUGACUAGUAAAUAGAACUAUACUCGUUUUAAGAUUGCACUCAGUCCAAACCCACCUUUUUUUCUUCUUCUCGUGACUAAAUUUGUCACAUUAGCCAUUUCUUUGGUGGUUUAAACAAUAAUCACAAGAUUGGUGCUUAGCUACUCAGUUACUGCCAAAUAUGUCUUGCAAACUUUGGCAUUCGAAUCGCUUCCACGUAAACACUGUUAAGCAUGAUUGGACAUUGUUUUUUCUUUUGUUAUUACUGAGUCAACUUUAUUAACGUCAUGAGCACAAAAAGAAUUUUUG